AUGACAUACCGAAAAGUCUCCCAACAAGAUUUACAACACCAAUCUCGAGAAAUACGUUCUCAAUUAUUUGAACAAAUAAAAUGUUUGGAACAACGAUCGAAUGAUAAAGUUGCUAUAUUUCAAGAAAUUAAUGAUUUCCUCAAAAAACGUGCAGAAUUGGAUUUGCAAUAUUCAAAAGAGCUUGACAAACUAGUUAAAUCUGUUAUGAUGAGACACAAAGCUGAAAGACAAAGACGCCCUAAUUGGUCGAUUUAUUCAAUAUGUAAUUUAUGGCAACAAAUUGUAGAUGAUGCUAAAGAUGAAGCUAAACAACGGUCAAUAAUUGCUGAUUGUCGUGAUAUUGCUCUUCUCGCGGCUGGGGAAGUUAUGCGCGUUCUAAAUGAGCUCUCUUUGGCUAUGAAAACUUAUCAUAAUUGUUACAAUGAAUUUUCUGUUUUGAGCGCUAAACUUCACAAUGCUGAAGAACAAAAAAGAAAAAUAAUGGAGGCAAAUAGUUCACUACGAAAGCAGAAUUCUAUACAAAAAACUUAUGAAAAAAGAAAUGAAAAAUAUGAAAUAGCUAGGCAAAAAUGUAUGCGUGCUCGAAAUGAAUAUCUUCUUUGUAUUGAUGCGGCUAAUUCGUCUCUAUACAAGUAUUUUGCUGAUGAUGUAUCCAAUAUUAUUGAUUGUGAAGAUUUGGGAUUAGACUGUUGGCUCCGCAUGAUUCUUCAAAAUUUAAUUGCUGCGAGAAAAUCGGCGUGUCAAUCGGAAAUGAAUGCACUUGCAAAUCUGAGUGGAUUUCGUGACUCUUUGCAAUCGAGAGAUGAUAAACAACGAUUUUUUGAGAGCAGCAAUCAAACAUUUAUGUUACCAAAAAGAUUUGAUUUCAAAUGUGAACAAAGCGAAACAAUUUUUGAAAUUUCAACAAACGAUUUAAGAGAAGAAUUUAAACAACGGCAUAAUCAAAUAAGAAAACGUUUAGAAAUUUUGAGAAUGGAAUCUGAAGGGAGUUGGCAAAAAUUGGUUGAAAUGGAAAAGAAAAUGCAAGAAUUACUUGCUGUGUCUACAAUUGUUGAGAUUAAUGAAUUUGGAAUUUCGGAUAAAAGGCCAUCUACUGAAUUGGUGGAACAGGAACUUAGCAAUAUUUUUGAAUCUUAUUUACAAUCAUUCACAUUCUUCCUUCUCAAUGCUAAUUUAAUCUCUCGAUUAGAAGCUAGGGCUAAUGGAAUCAAUAAUGGAUUAAAAUGUAGAAAUAUAAAUGUGGCUUCAUCAAAACAAAAUAUUUCUGACGGUGAUAGAUUGAAUGAUGGUACUGGGGAACAAAUUCCUCUUGUUGUUGUAAGCUGCAUUCGAGCGCUUUCUCUGUUUGCACUACAACAUCAAGGAGUAUUUAGAAUUAGUGGAUCUCAGAUUGAAAUAAACCGGAUGCGUGAGGCUUUUGAAAAUGAUUGUGCAAAAUAUCAUAAAAUAUCAGAUUUUAUUGCCCAAAUUAGACCCUUAAUAAGCAAAUUGCCUCGUUCUUCAUAUAUUCUUCUCCGAUUUUUAUUUGCAUUCCUUAAACAUUUAAGUGAAUUUAGUGACGAAAAUAUGAUGGAUACUUAUAAUUUGGCUAUAUGUUUUGGACCUACUCUUUUACCAAUUCCUGAAGGAAAAGACCAAUACAACCUUAAUAGCGGUUUGGAUACUCCAGCAGAUACAGAAUUGGAAUUAUUUGUUGACGAUGAAUCAGGUAUCGAUGGAUUAGAUGGCGAUGGAAAACAAUGGAGUUGUGGAAGUGUUGAAGCUUCGCUAUUUCCUUACAACUAUAAAAACCCCCAAAAUAUAGUGCCUUUUUUGGGACGUCCUAUUCAACUUCCCAAUUUUUGUGAACAACCACAAUUUGGUGAAACAAUAAAUGAAAGAGAAUUGAAUUUUUUAAAUAGUGAAGACUUUAAUCAAACCGGGUGUAUUACAAGUCCAAAUGCAAAAAAUAGAGUAACUUCGAGAGAACAAAAGUUGACUGCUACGGGGAGACGAGAAAUACAACCUGAGAAAUUCAAUGACGACUUUUACACCAAAUAUUCUUUAGAAGUUGGCCAAAGCAUGGAUCAUGAAGAAACUUCAUCAAGUAACAUAAUUAUGGGCACAGAAAAUGUUAGGAAUUAUCCUCAUAAUAAACUUUAUUCUUCAAUUGAUAAAAACACAAAAACGACUGUUCCAAAUACAGAGGAGUUAGAAGUGAAUGAUCCAACUAGAUUUCUGAGUUUCUAUAAUCCCAAAAAUUUUCCCAAUGAAAAUGUUAAAUCUCACAAUCCUCGACAAUUUGGAACACAUAAAGGACAAAUGCCUUCCGCAAUAGCAAUUGAGGGAGGACGUCAAUGCAAUAAAAUCGAUGAUUUGCUGAAUAAACUUGCUUUGCAAUCAAACGAAAAAGAAGGUGUUGGAAUAGGAAAAAACAUUACUAGAUAA